AUGCUAAGAUCACAUAUAGGCAGGGGGUCUCGAAUCCUCGCCAAACUAACCACUACACCAAGAGCGUACACAUCUGCGGCUGCAAAUCGAGGGCAUAUCAUCAAGACGUACUUUAAUAGAGACUCAACGACAAUUACUUUUUCUAUGGAAGAGUCUAGCAAACCGGUUUCCGUUUGCUUUAACAACGUCUUCCUUAGAGAUGCGUCGCACAGUGCCAAUCUGGUCACCACGGGGGAACUGUAUCAUAAUGAGAAAUUGACCGCUCCUAAGGACAUUCAAAUAUCUCAAGAUGGGAAAUCUCUGGUAGUAAAAUGGCAAGAUGGUGGCCAUCACCAGUUUCCUUUACAAUUUUUUGUCGACUAUAAGGGAUCCAGUUUUGUUUCUCCGGCCACAAGAAAGGAGGAAUCUAGAUACAAGCCCCAGCUAUGGAACAAGCGUAUUUUGAAGAAUAACGUCAAGGACUUGCUCUCUGUGGAUUAUAACGAGUUCAUUGACUCUAAAGAUGACACAAAGCUUUUUCAAACACUAGUCAAUCUACAAAAAUUCGGUAUCGCUUUCGUUUCCGGUACACCUUCAUCUUCUGCUGAGGGCCUUACUAUACAAAAGAUCUGUGAAAGGAUCGGGCCUAUUAGAUCAACCGUACAUGGUGAAGGUACAUUUGAUGUGAAUGCGUCACAGGCAACAAGUGUGAAUGCUCAUUACGCCAAUAAAGACUUACCGCUGCAUACGGAUUUACCGUUUUUGGAAAAUGUGCCAGGUUUCCAAAUUUUACAGUCUUUGCCUGCUACCAAAGGGGGGGAUCCCAGUACUAGACCCAUGAAUUAUUUUGUGGAUGCAUUCUAUGCGACACGUAACGUUAGGGAAUCGGAUUUUGAAGCUUACGAGGCUUUACAAAUCGUGCCUGUCAAUUAUAUUUAUGAGAACGGUGAUAAAAGAUACUACCAAUCCAAACCUUUAAUCGAACACUACGACAUUAACGAAGACAACACUUUGCUAGGCAAUUAUGAGACACUGAUUAAAUGCAUCAACUACUCCCCCCCAUAUCAAGCACCUUUCACUUUUGGUAUUUACGACAAGCCAUCAGAUUUAAAUAACAAUCCAGAUUUAAAUUUAAUUACUACGCCGGCCAAACUAACAGAGAGGUUUUUGUUUAAGUCCUUCGUUAGAGGGUUGAAUCUCUUCGAAAGUCACAUAAAUGAUUUCAACAAUCAAUUUAGAUUACAGUUGCCCGAAAACUGCUGUGUCAUUUUUAAUAACAGAAGGAUUUUGCACGCCAAUUCAUUAACAAACUCAAAUCAACAAUGGUUAAAGGGUUGCUAUUUUGAUUCGGACACUUUCAAGAGUAAACUGAAGUUUUUGGAAGAAAAAUAUCCUCAAGAAAAAUAG